UGCUGUGAUUGGUUGACAGCUCUAUGUCCGGGACCGGGCGUGAUGGCGGAGCUGGGUCUGUUUCUGCGGAUCGGUCUGAGUGAGCAGAAGGCGCGGGAGACCCUGCGGAACGAGGCGCUGAGUGCUACCCUCACACAGGCCGUGCAGCAAGCAGAAGCGAUCCUGGGCUGUGCUCCAGACAAGGUAACGGGUACGCUGCUGUAUAACGCUGCUACUCGGCUGAAGGACCAGCAGCACCUGGCAUUCCUCAUCAAGUACAUCGCAAACAAAGGGUUAAGCUCUGACUUACAGCUUAGUGCUGCUGUGGAAUAUGUCAAAAACCACCGGCUGGAUUCAAUUGACAGCGCAGACUUUGAAAGAGAAUGUGGCAUCGGAGUGGUGGUAUCACCCGAACAGAUCGAGGAGGCGGUUGAAGCAGCAGUCAGCAAGUAUAAGAACCAGAUUAUGUUGGAGCGUUACCGUUUUAACAUAGGCCUGCUGAUGGGUGAUGUGAGGAGUAAGCUGAAGUGGGCCGAUGGGAAGAUUGUCAAGAACGAAGUGGAUUUACAGGUUCUAAAUUUACUUGGUCCAAAGACUGAAGCUGACCUAGAAAAGAAGGCUAAGGCUCCGAAGGAGAAGGCACCACGAAUCACCGCUCAGGACAAGGACGCAGUAUCAAACAACAACCAACUAAAGCUGUACUCUGCAUCUGUACUGGAACAGUUACGUGGGGAGGCAAUAAAGUUCCAUCAGCCAGGUGAAAAUUAUAAGACGGAAGGUUAUGUUGUUACAGCCAACACUAUGAAGCUCUUACAGAAACACCUAGAGGUUACCGGAGGUCAGGUGCGGACGCGGUUUCCCCCAGAGCCUAAUGGGAUUCUCCAUAUUGGCCAUGCUAAGGCCAUCAACUUCAACUUUGGUUAUGCCAAGGCAAACAAUGGGAUCUGCUUUCUUCGGUACGAUGACACAAACCCUGAGAAAGAAGAGGAAAAGUAUUUCCGAGGCAUCAGGGAGAUGGUGGAAUGGCUCGGUUACACGCCAUACGAGAUCACCCAUGCAUCUGACUAUUUUGACCAACUGUACGACUGGGCAGUGGAAUUAAUUAAAAGGAACAUGGCAUAUGCCUGUCACCAGAAAGUGGAUGAGAUUAAAGGACACAAUCCUCCCCCUUCUCCGUGGAGGGAUCGGCCAAUUGAGGAAUCCCUCCUCCUGUUCGAGAAAAUGCGGAAGGGAAUGUUUGCAGAAGGAGAGGUGACCCUUCGCAUGAAGCUGACUAUGGAGGAUGGAAAAAUGGAUCCUGUGGCUUACAGGAUAAAAUACACCCCUCACCAUCGAACUGCCGAUAAAUGGUGCAUCUACCCAACGUAUGACUACACUCACUGUUUGUGCGACUCUAUUGAAAACAUCACGCACUCGCUCUGCACCAAGGAAUUCCAGGCCCGGCGGUCAUCCUACUACUGGCUGUGUAACGCUCUGGAUGUCUACUGCCCUGUGCAGUGGGAAUACGGUCGACUGAACCUGCAGUACACAGUGGUGUCAAAAAGGAAGAUCAUCAAACUGGUGGAGAAAGGGGCAGUGAGGGACUGGGAUGAUCCCCGCCUCUUUACACUGACUGCUCUGCGAAGGAGAGGCUUCCCCCCAGAGGCCAUCAACAACUUCUGUGCUAAGGUUGGUGUGACGGUUGCACAGACGACGAUGGCGCCUCACCUCCUGGAGUCGUGUGUUCGAGAUGUGCUCAACGACACUGCUCCUCGGGCCAUGGCUAUCCUCGAGCCACUGAAAGUCUCCAUAACCAACUUCCCAUGUGACCAGCCUCUGGAAGUCUCCGUUCCAAAUUUCCCAGCAGAUGAAAGCAAAGGAUUCCAUGUGGUACCGAUCACCUCCACAAUCUACAUUGAACAGUCGGACUUCCGGGAGGUGAUGGAGAAGGGUUACAAGCGUUUGACUCCCGACCAACCCGUUGGACUCCGGCAUGCUGGCUAUGUCAUCUUGGUCCAGAGUGUCAUAAAGGAUAGCAAUGGAAAGGUGAUUGAAUUGGAGGCAACUUGUAAGAAGUCUGACUCCGUGGAGAAACCAAAGGCUUUUAUUCACUGGGUGUCCAAUCCUCUGACGUGUGAACUGCGGCUCUAUGAGACACUAUUCCUCCAUAAAUGUCCUGAGGACACAAGUGAGGUGCCCGGUGGCUUCCUGUCAGACAUUAACCCAAACUCCUUGCAGGAGAUCCCCAAUGCGUUGGUAGAUGUUUCGGUGAAAAAUGCCAAUACGUUUGAUAAGUUCCAGUUUGAGCGCGUUGGUUAUUUCUCUGUGGAUCCGGACAGCACUGAGCAGAAGUUGGUGUUCAACAGAACUGUGACGCUGAAGGAGGAUCCUGGAAAGAUGUGAGCUGAGCUGUGCAGACCCACACCCACACCUACACCACGCUGCAGCUUCUGACCAAAGGAGAUUCUGUUGCUUCUUGCCCCUUGAAUCAUCACAGUAAUAAACUUGACAUGAGACUGCAGGAGAUCAGCUGAGGCAGCGAAGAAUUUCCCUGCAGUCCUCUGUACGCCAUCUACACUCUUUUGACUUGGAGCCCUCCAAUUGAUCGAUUGAUCUGGGUAACUGUCCAGAAGAUCAAGCAGCAGGAAGGUGGACCCUCACAGUGACCAGCUGUGCCCCAGAAAGCUGGGGGGGAGGGGAGAGGGUGCAAGGGGACCUGCUAUACGGGGAGGAGGAGUGUUUUAUGAUCUCGGAUGGGAAGAAGCUGGUGUGGGUGAGAUGGGCCAUGUCAGAGGUCAUCUAGCUCUAGUGUGGAAACACCACGGUAACCUGCUAACUGAUUUGCACUCCUUUUCCCAGCUCAGCCCAUCCCUCCCCCCCCCCCCACCAAGUGACACCCCCUCCUUGGCUGUUGCCAUGCCCCUCACCCUCUCUCCCACUACCACUGUUUAGCUCAAAUUUCUUGCAACAGUUGAUGUUUGAUGUCUGGUUUGCAAAAAUAAAGCAAUGAUUUUUGGAGCCCC